CCGACUUCACAUUGUAUUGACAAGCUCCAGUCCACUUCGUCUUAUUCCCUUGAACGAUGUGUGAUUUCUGCGUUCAUCUGCCUAUCAGGUAAAUAUUGAACUGAGCUGUUAGGUGUCACUAAGUGAAAAGAGGAAAAGGUCAGAGCAAAGGGUGGAACCAUGGUGCGAAAUGUGGACGACCUGGACUUUUGCCUAUCCUCACAUCCGCAGAGCAUCCUGGAGGGUCUUCGCUCCCUCUGCUCGCACCCCAAACUUGUUGACGUGACGCUGUGCGUGGGCGGCCGUGAGUUCCCUUGCCACCGGGGCGUCCUGGCCCUCUGCAGCCUCUACUUCCGUUCCAUGUUCUCAGGUGACUUUGUGGAGAGCAUUGCUGCCCGAGUGGAGCUGCACAAUGUGAACCCUGACAUACUCGCCACCCUGCUGGACUUUGCCUACACGGGCAAGCUAACCAUCAACCAGGGCAACGUGGAGGGCCUCAUCUGCACUUCCAGUCAGCUACAGUUCCAGACCGUGCGGGCAGUCUGCAGCCGCUACUUGCAGCACCAGAUUGAUGCCACCAACUGUCUGGGCAUCCUGGAGUUUGGGGAAAUACAUGGCUGCCCAGAGGUUGUGGCCAAGGCCUGGGCCUUCCUCCUUGAGAACUUUGAGGCAGUGCUGCAGGGGGAGGAGUUCCUGCUGCUGGAGAAGGAGCGGCUGGUGGCCUGCCUCUCUGACGAGCGCCUGCAAACUCGAGAUGAGCGAACACGUGUGGAGGCCGCCCUCUCCUGGGUCAGGCAUAAUCAGGCCUCCCGCCUCCCCUACCUCUCGGAGCUGCUGACGCUGGCCCGUCUUUCCCUGCUGCCCCAGGAGUACCUGUCUGAGACCCUACUGAAGGACAGCCUGGUCCUGGGGUCUCAGAGCUGCAUGGAGGCUGUGCAGAGGGUUCUCAGGGAGAAAAUGGACUUGAUUUCAGGAGAUGUGGUGCAUGGCAGCCCUUGCAGUCCACAGCCCAACCUUCAGGAGGUUCUAUUUGUGAUGGGAGGCCGCUCACUUGAUGACUCUGAUGAUGAGGAGGAAGAGGAUGAAGAAGAGGAGAGGGAUCCAAGAGCACUUCCCAGAAAUGCUGCCUUUUACAACACAAAGACCAGGCAGUGGCAUCUGCUUCCAGAUUUCCCAGUCUACAACAAAUGGGGCUAUUCUGUGGUUUCCCUGAACAAUGAUGUGUAUGUCACAGGAGGCUCCCGUGGAUCCCGUAGCAACACUUGGUCCACCACAGAGACCUGGAAGUACAUGACUCGAGAGGGGAAGUGGGUGACGGUAGCUCCAAUGCUCAAGCCUAGGACAAACCAUACCUCGGCAGCACUGAAUGGAGAGAUUUACGUCAUUGGGGGCACCACAAUGGAUUCUGUGGAGGUAGAACACUAUGACCCCUACAGUGACAGCUGGACUCUCACAGUUCCUGCUCUGAAAUACGUGACUAAUUUUACUGCCACUGCCUGCACGGGCAAGCUGUAUGUGAUUGGCUCCUGUGCGAUGAAGUACAAUGCAUUGACUCUACAGUGUUAUAACCCUGUCAUAGAUGGCUGGAGUAUAAUUUGUUCUCCCUUCAUCCCCAAAUAUCUGUCCUCUCCUCGCUCUGUCUCCAUGGAUGGUAUUGUCUAUCUGAUAGCUGACAACACCAAGAAGGUGUACACUUAUGACCCUGAAGCUAAUAUGUGGCAGAAGGUCCAGUUCCUUCACACUCUCCAUGAGAACGGGGGCAUGGUGGUACUGGGGGGCCAGCUGUACGUGACGGGUGGCCACUGGAAGGGCAUGGAGGGAGAUUAUGGGGUGGAGGUGGAGGUAUACAACUGCGCCUCCAACAGCUGGCAUGUGGAGUGCUACCUACCAAGGCUGUGGUUCUACAGUGGCUCAUGCUCAAUCUUUCUGGACCCCUCCCAAUGGACAGAGCCUUUCCCAUUGGACGAGACCUAAAGAUUACGUGAUAGGCCAGUGUGCUCACCGCUCAUUCUGUCUCUCAUGCAUGCUUGUCAAAUGCGGUGAUCAUCCUCUAGACAUAAUGUCUCUAGAGAUAUUAUCUUUUGAUAUCUGUUAAAUCAGUUGAUCUAUUGGUGUUAUUUAGUGGUUUAUUUUUAUAUUGGGCAAGAUGUAAAGUGUGUGUGUACAUUAUUUAGACAUUUUUUAGUAGUUUUUAGGAAAAAAUGAUUUAGCCGUGUUUCAUUUUA